UUGAAGCGCAGCCGCUCAUAACGGGCACCGGCACAUUGAUGAGAGAAUAGCUCUUUUACAGUCCACCGCUCAUCCAGAGGACAGAGGACAGAGGUAAGUGGACAGUCAAUCCACCGGGUUCGCCCACACACCCAGACCAGACCCAGACGGGACAAGUGAAGCCUAUUGGACGCACAGACGCGCACCAGCAUCACCAGCAACGCACGAACCUGCAGACUUGGAUCUGACAGUUCACCUCAAAACGCAAAUUACCUGCAGCAGAACAUGGAGCGCAAAAUCCCUGAUUUCGCCGGACGCUGGGAGAUGAAGAGCUCUGAGAACUUCGAGGAACUCUUGAAAGCGUUGAAUGUGAAUGUGAUGCUGCGUAAGAUCGCGGUGAAGGCAGCCUCCAAGCCACAGGUGGAGAUCACACAGAAUGGAGAGACUCUGUCGAUCAUAACCUCAACCACAGUCCGCAACACCCACAUCACCUUCACCGUGGGACAGGAGUUCAACGAGUGCACGGUGGACGGACGCCCCUGCACGAGUUUGCCUCGUUGGGAAACAGACAGUAAGAUCAGCUGUGACCAGACUCUGCUGAAAGGAGAGGGGCCUAAGACAUCUUGGACCCGAGAGAUCACCAAUGACGGAAAACUGAUCCUGACCAUGAGAGCUGAUGAUGUGAUUUGCACCAGAUUCUACGAGCGACCAUGAACACGAGCACUUUUCAUCCUUCCCUCUCUCCGGCAUCACCACUUGGGUCACCCACCCCUCCGCUUUGUCGAGGUGGCGAUUGGAGAUCUAGUCUGUAGUUUAAUUCCAGUAUCUCUGUUAGCUUCACAACAUUAAGUGUGGUAAUUGUAUCUAGCAUGUCACAGAUCUAGAACAGUCUUAGCUUCUGACUUAUCCUACUUUCCAGCUCCAUCGCACGUGUUGACUGUAUGCUUGAUUUGAUCAGUGAAAGCUCAUGUAUUUGGCAUCAUGUAUGUGUAUGUGUGUGUGUGUGUGUGUGUGUGUGUGUGUGUGUGUGUGUGUGUGUGUGUGUGUGUGUGUGUGUGUGUGUGUGUGUGUGUGAGUGUGUGCGUGUGUAUCAGCAGAAGAGGUGCGAGACUAUAUUUGUAGAAGUGUAAACCAAUCUAUGAGCUCUUGCAGUUCCAGGUCAGUUUCGAUGAGUCCCUCUUCUCUGCCCCUUCCGCCCUGUCCAACAGCUCUAACCUUUUUCUCAUGAUGACAUUUUAUAUUUAUUACUACACUAGAGUCGGAUACAGUACUGCUACGGUUUUUACUUUGUGUGUCUUUUAUAUGAAAUGUGAUCAUUGGAAACUUUCUAUGGGAGAACAAUAAAGCACGAUAUUAACUCAG